GCUAAAACUCCCGAUUAACUUUGCUUGAAGCAUGCGUUCGACGCUGACUAUAUGAUGGAAUGGGAACGAUAGCACCCGUCUUGCACCGAAGCGCCCGAGCCAUUGGCGCACAUGAGUUCCUCGAUGCGGUCCAAGCUACGUGCCCGCCGCGAUUCCCCUAUUCGCGGGGGACAUUGCACAGACAUGUCGGUCUUGCGGUCAGCGGCGGGGUGGACUCCAUGGCAUUGGCCUACCUCUGCUCCCAAACCCGAAGAUGGGACCCUUGGUUCAAGGUGUCGGACAACCCACUCUCCAAGUUCCUCGUCUUUAUCGUGGACCACAAGCUGCGCGACGGAAGCUCCGAGGAGGCCAUGGCCGUGAAGAAAGUGAUAAUGGAGAAGAUGGGCCUGAAGGGAGACAUCCUCACUCUCGAUUGGAAGCCCCAUCUUGGGGAAGGCGUCAACCCGAACGAGCAAACCAACGUCGAGUCCCUCGCUCGCCGUCUCCGAUAUCGUCGUCUGGGUUCUGCUUGCCGGUUCACCAACAUUGUCUCCCUCUUUCUAGCCCAUCAUCAGGACGACCAGUACGAGACAGUACUGAUGCGGCUUCUCUCUGGACACGGUGUUCGUGGUCUGCGAGGCAUGCGGAGCGCAACCGAUAUCCCGGAGUGCCAGGGCAUGCAUAGUGUCUAUCAGAGCGGCUUCAUUGACGAUCAGAUGAAUUCCAAUCCGUGGUACAAUAUGAGGCCAUCCAUGGACCAGAAAAGGGCCUUAAGGCGCAAAUUGAGGGAGGAGAUCGACCCCGCCCUCCUCGCACAGGAGAUCCGACACGGCCUUGCCGCCGACGUGGAUCCGGCCUCCGCCGCUGAGGAUUUUGGGCGGCCUACUAAGGGUUCCAAAUGGGCUCCGCCGUUGGAGCCACUUGACAUUGAGGAUGGUGGGAUUACCGUCUACCGCCCUCUGCUCGAGUUCAGCAAGGACAGGCUCAUUGCUACGUGCCUCGAGAACAACAUCCCCUGGUUUGAAGAUCACACGAAUGAAGACCGCACAUUGACCCUGAGGAAUGCCGUGAGGCAUCUUUACAAGCAUCACGAUUUACCCGUCGCCCUGCAAAAGCCUGCUAUUCUCAGGCUGUCGGAGAGGUGUAACGCGAAAGCUGCUGCCGAAGAUGCCGAGGCAGACAGGCUCUUCACCCGAGUCGUGAUACACGACUUCGAGCCCAACGUUGGAACUAUGUUGGUGCAGCUACCGCAUAUGCCCUUGCCCAAGGUGCCAAGAAGGUGCUCACGCUUCCGUCACCAGAGACGGCUGGCGCGCUCUCGGCUGGUCGCAUCCAUCCUCUUCCAGAAGCUCCUCUCUCUGGUUAGUCCCGAGCCACAGCUAACCCCUCUCACGAAUCUUCAAUCCUUGGUUACUCGCCUCUUCCCAUCGUUGGCGGAAGACGGGGAAGGCAGCGCGGCAACAGGCUCGUUGGAGCCGAAGGCCUUCGUCGUGUGCGGCGUCCAUUUCGUUCCCCUCGUCGGUGACCAUCCACUCCGCUGGUACCUCUCCCGCUCCCCCCAUCCGUCGCAGAUUCCGCGACCAGUGUUGGAGUUUCCAAAGUUAUACUUCCGACAUCGAUAUCGCGCAAGCCCAGAAAAGUGGAAAUUCACUACUUGGUUCUCGUGGCAGCUGUUCGACGGGAGGCUCUGGAUCCGACUGCGACAUAGACUACCAUUUCGGCUGCAAGUUCGCCCCUUUGAGGCCGAAUUUUCCAAGCCCUUCCGCGAAGGCCUCGCAGAUGAUGAGGCGAGGGAAAAUCUUGCUGCCAUGCUAAGGAAGUAUGCGCCUGGCAAGGUUCGCUAUACGCUUCCCGCCAUCUAUUCCAAGGGCAAUAUCGAGGCAUUGUUACGAGGCGCAAGUUAUUGGUAUGAAGGCAGUGUGGAUGAUGGCAAACCCCCCGCCGGGGCGGAGAAGGAUAUGGAGAGGCAAGUCACUGCCCCGGGAGAGAGUAACAAAUCUCUCAUCUCGUCGCGCUGGGAUAUUGAGAAUGCUAAGAGCCGGGAAUUGCAUAUGCUUGCACUGCCUACUCUCGGUGUGUACCUAGACGGCCUCGAGAACUGGCUGCAGUGGGAGGUCAGAUAUCGCAAGGUAGACCUCGGGUUUCUGGGUAAGAGCAUGACCGAGAAUGUCCGGGAGCAUCGCAGACGGGGGUGGCACCAGAAACCAAAGAAGCCAAGGUCUCACCUGUGGAAUCCCUCUCGUGCUUCCCAAAGAAGGAAUACCUACGUUUGCCGUAGGGCUCGGUAGAAGUAGAGAGCGCUGCAUAUUACGGAUAGAGUCAAUAAGAUACCUUCCUCGCAGCUCGUGGCUUGACCUUUCUUUUCCCUUGCCAGUUUUUGAAGCUGCUCGAUGGAAGCUCGCAAGCUUCAACCACUCGGCAGAAUUACUGCGCGCACGUGGCAAUCCCGCAGUAUUGCCCUGCAUAGCCCUGCCCCUCACUUAGUCGAUAGCUUCGACUUCGAUCAUCAUUUCCGCCAGUUCGGACGCUACCCGAAAACGUGGUUCACUGUGGGGACUGCAAUAGCUUGUAAUAGCUUCGACGCUACAUCCACAAUCCUUCAACAAGCUGGGUUAUGACAUUGCCGUUCUGGUUGGUGGUACCUUGCAUCCAUCUCUCUUCCUUCCUAUAAG